AUGGCUGGAGAUAACAUCUUCUGGUCAAACUUCUUCCGCAAACUUCGAGAGUGGUGGUAUGCUGGGCAACAAGCACCACGAACCAUCAGUUUUCCCCUUGACGCAAGCUACGGUAUCUCCAAACCUCUUAUCUUCGAGUCACCAUCAUGGACGGAAGAGUUCCUUGCCUAUCUGACCACUCCACGGGUUGGCAUUAUCUCUGCAAGUUCCCAGAAUGAUGGCAUUGCGCUCAAUAUUCACGUCGCCUUGUCGACAAGCUUAAAACGCUCUGUCAUCACGGACAACGACUCAUCUCCGCUUCUACAGUUUGGGAAAGUGGCCGCGCCUCUUGUCAACGCUUCGAAAACCAUUCCUGUCCAAUUCGAUGAACAGCCCAAAAACACAGCUGCAUCAACCACUGACCUUGCCAUCUACACCAGUCUCCCUGUUACUGAUGCUGAGCCUGAUUACUCAUGCAAUUGGCACUCCCAGGUCACUGGUACUUGGCAGGACCACCUAACGUACUACGUCCAAUCUGGCCGCAUUCCUGUGGCAGGAUGUACAUAUCGCGAUGGCUCUUACGGUUACCACUUUGACUCGUCCAUGGCGCAAACCUGGGCCCUCACUUUGGUUAUGCUCUUUGUCUUUCUCUUUCUCGGUUUCUCCUGUUGCACGGGUUCAAAUGCUAGACGCCCACGUCAACACCAUGCUGCUCCACCGGCCAAUGACUCGCCAGAAGUCAAUCUUAUCAUCAAUGGACUCGUUGAGGACCUCAUGACUGGACGACUGGGAGAGCAGAUGGUGGAGCUUGGGUUGAUUGAACAGUCAAAUGGCGACUCUACCAGGAAUACCGCAUCCGAUGCUGCUGGAUUCACCACGUUCAACAAGGUUCUCCGCAAGCUGAUGGCCUUUGUCAGUUUGUUGCGCAUCCGUCUCGCUCUGCGUACUGAUGAGGUCAAGGAACUCAAAAAGGUCAAUAACGACCAGAGAACUGCGCAUACUCAGGAAAUCCAACAGAAGGACAAUGACAUCGCUGCCAAAGAAAAGACAAUACAAGCCAAGGACAACAAGAUCUUGGAAAAGGAAAACGAAAAGGCUUUUCAGGAGCAGAUGGUCCGUUCCAAGACUAGCAGAGUUCUCACACUUGAACAGGAAAUCUUUGAGAAGGACAAUGCGAUCGCACCCAAGGACACGGAACUUCAGCAGAAAAAUGGAGACAUCGCUGCGAAACAGGACUUGAUCACAACCAAGGACAAGGAACUUCAGCAGAAAGAUGAAGACAUCGCUGCGAAACAGGAUUCAAUUACGUCCAAGGACUCCACCAUCUCUGAAAUGGAAAAGUCUCUGAAAGUCAUCGAAGAGAAGGCAUCUACUCUAGAGAAUCAGAAUGAACAACUCCGUCAGCGCCUGAAACAACAUGAAGGAACUCCUGCCUUGAGAGAAAGACAUGAGGAGCUGCAGAAGUCUCACAAAGAACUGCAAGCUAAAGAGCAGUCAUUGCGAACACAACUCGAAAAUCAGCCCGAUCCUGAUGAACAGUUGAAGACAGACAAUGAGAAGCUGGUCAAGGAAAAGGAGAAACUUCAGGAACGAAUGAAGGUCAAAGCUGAGGCCCUGCAAAAGGCGCAGGCUGAACUGGAAAAGAAGGAAACUCCGAAACAGCAGAAGUCCAUUGAGACCCAGACAGAGAUCGACACAGCCCACGACGAGAAAGUCGAACAACUCAAGUCAGAGAUCUCUCAGACGCUUUCUACUCUGAACCAGAUGAGGACUGAGAACUCAGAACUCCAGUCGACCAUCAGCAACCUGCGUACUCAGACUACUGAACUCAGUCAAGUCAACUCAAUGAACGCAGAGUUGCAGUCAACCGUCGACAGUCUCCGUGCCCAGCUGGCUGCUGCUGCUCAGACUGCUCAGACAACUCAACCCGCUGCGCGAGUUACUCCUUCGACGCCUUCAUUUUCCAUUUUUGCCCCGGGUGCUCAAUCUCACUUCCCUAUUCGACCGCCGUUUACCUACCCGGCCUCUGGGGCACCCACCUCCCCUGCGCCUGCUCAGCCUGUCACUCCACAAGCUCGUCCAGCUGCAUCGUCACCAUUCAAGAACAGCCUAUCAACCUCCGAGCCAGAGCAGAACUUUACUCAAACUCGCACUCCGGUGGAGGCGGUGGCGCCUGUUGCAGCGGCGCCAGCACAAUCCUCUCAAGCGGUCUUCCCUGAGGAACAGGCUCCCGAAUUCACCCAGACAAUUGGUGAAUUGCCUACAGGGCGAUCCACGGGCCCAAUAGUACGCAUGUCCCCGGCACUAGACUCUUCCAGAGGACGUACGCCAGCCGAGUCAAGCUUGAUGCGGUCACGAAACAGCAUUCGGUACAGCUCGCCCCCAAGAAAUGCCUCUGGCAUCCCCACGCGUCCGCUUACACAGCGAGAGCGUGAGGCAAAGAAGCAACGCGAUGCCGAGAGAGCUGCUGCCACGGCGGCGUCAUCUCUAUCUCGUGGUAGCACGGUUUCCUCGAAUGAGGUACAACAAGGUCAACAGCAACAGGCACCAGUUGCAGAAACGGCCGUCAACGAACCAGUCGCUCCCGUUGCUCCAAGUGCUAGCAAUGUCGUCGUCGCUCUCCCCCCUGUCACUGCUCCUGAAGUCAGUACUACCGUCAACGAAGACGUGACUGUCAACAAGGAAUCUGAGCUUGCUGCAUCGUCAGGCAUUGAGGAUGACCUGGAGUUCGCCCCUGGUGGGUUCGGAGAGGAGGACGAUGGAGGCAUUGCGGGCAUGACCCGCCAGGAACCAAUUGAGGUUGAGAGCGAUGAUCUGUACGGCGCACCAGAAACAACCAGUGGCAGCAGCGUGGGUCAGUCGGCCAACGAGACGCAGACGACCACCCCUGUCGAACAACCGGUCGACAACGAUGCUGAGCAGGCGGCCAGGAAGGCCAAAGCAGCUGAAAAGGGCGAAAAGGGCUUGCAGGCAGUCAAGGCAAGCAAGUGGGCUGCGGUGGAGGAGACGCCUGCUCAGACAACCCCUCAGCAACAGCGUGUGGACAGUGCUGCUAUCAAGGCGGACCAAAAGGGCAACACAGCCAAAGACAGCAGUGAGGCUGUGAAGGCGAUAGAGGGCAAACCGGCUCUGGUGGAGGAUAAGACGAAGGCCGUCAAUGAGAGCAAGCCGCCCGUCAAGGAAGAGGCCAAGCCGACCACCACCCAACAACGACCUCCCGACAGCGGGGCUCACAAAGCCGCUAAGGAAACCAAGGCUAAGGCUGGUGAGAUAGGCACGAAGGCCGCCAAUGAGAGCAAGCCACCCGUCAGGGAGGAGUCGACGCCGACUACCCGUCAAGAACAACAACCUGUCGACAACAGUGCAGCGAGAGCCACUCAGCAAGCCAAGAAAGCUGAAGCGGGUAAGAAAGCUGUCCAGUCAAGCAAAUGGGCAGUCAAUCCGACGCCUGCUCCCAAGCCUACAACAAAACAAAUUGAAGAGGGCAAAUGGGAUCUGGUGGAGGAUGAAAAGAAGGCCGAUGAGAUGGGAAAAGCGGCUGUGCAGGCUAGCAGAUGGGCUGUUCCGGCAAAUACGCCUGUCACUCGAGUCAGAGCCGCUCGACACACACCUCAAACUCCAACUCCAAGAGCUCUGGAUCAUGGUCUUCCACGAUUGAACGCAACGCAAGAUCAGCCUGGCACCGAGUGGACACCUGUUGGUGGUAAGAAGCCGCUACACAAGUCGAACCAGAAGGGUGGAAAAUGA